UCUUGAGAGAGAAAGGGGGGGAGAGAGAGGUGAGUGGGAUUCCAACGUCGAAAGCAGAGCAGAACAGGCUGCUUCUCACAAAGCGCCCUGUUACUUCCUCUGAUAUUUCCAUCUCUCUCAGGGUGUCGUCUAUAUAAACACGUAUCUGAAGUCUGUCUAUGCUCUGUUUCCAGGACGUGAGAGAUUGAUCUGUUGGAAUCCUGGAGGAACUUUUCACGGUUGCCUGUUUCGGUUAAGAAAUUGAACUUGCGAAUGGCUACAGUUUGCUGGCCAUAUUUUGAUCCUGAGUAUGAGAACUUCAGCAGCAGAAUCAAUCCUCCGAGGGUCUCUGUGGAUAAUGCUAGUUGCCAUGAUUGUACACUGAUCAAGGUUGAUAGUGUUAACAAACCUGGAAUUCUGCUGGAACUGGUGCAAAUUCUAACAGACCUUGACUUCAUCAUCACUAAGGCUUACAUAUCUUCAGAUGGUGGAUGGUUUAUGGAUGUUUUUCAUGUGACGGAUCAGCAAGGAAAGAAGAUAACCGACAUCAAAACCAUAGACUUAAUAGAAAAGGCUCUAGGACCCAAGAGCCAGAGCACGGAAGGGGUAAAGAGUUGGCCUGCCAAACGGGUUGGGGUGCACUCCAUUGGUGAUCACACAGCUAUUGAGCUCAUAGGCAGAGACCGCCCAGGUCUUUUGUCUGAGAUCUCAGCUGUCCUUGCCAAUCUCCAAUUUAAUGUGAUUGCAGCUGAAGUUUGGACUCAUAAUAUACGUAUAGCAUGUGUUCUUUAUGUCAACGAUGCUGCCCCCAUGGCCGUUGAUAACUCAAACAGAUUAUCUCUUAUGGAGGAGCAGCUCAAACACAUUUUACGUGGAUGUGAGGAUGAUGAGAAAGUGGCUCACACCAGAUUCUCUAUGGGUUUCACCCAUAUGGAUAGGAGACUCCACCAAAUGUUGUUUGCUGAUCGGGACUAUGAAUGUACUGGAGUAACAGCUGAGAUGGAUUAUCCUCCUUGUUUUAGGCCGAAAAUAAUGAUAGAACGUUGUGAGGAAAAAGGGUAUUCAGUGGUUAGUGUCAGGUGUAAAGAUCGGGCAAAACUGAUGUUUGACAUUGUCUGCACUCUUACUGACAUGCAAUAUGUUGUUUUUCAUGCCACAAUUUCAUCUGAUGGCCCUUACGCAUCCCAGGAGUACUUCAUUCGGCACAUGGAUGGAUGUACGCUUGAUACUGAAGCGGAGAAGGAAAGGGUCAUUAAAUGCAUUGAGGCUGCUAUUCAAAGAAGAGUAAGCGAGCUAUCUACUUGUAUUGUUGCAAUGGGUGUGAGCCUUGAGCUGUGCGCAAAGGAUAGAGUGGGGUUGCUAUCUGAAGUAACUAGGAUUCUCCGAGAGAAUGGCUUGACGGUUUGUAGGGCAGCUGUAUCCACCAUUGGAGAGCAAGCACUGAAUGUGUUCUACGUGAGAGAUGCUUCUGGAAAUCCAGUGGACAUGAAGAUUGUUGAAGCACUUCGCAAAGAGAUGGGGCAGACCACGAUGGUGAAGUUGAAGAGAGUACCAACCAACGCCGAGGCGCCUGAGCCCCGAGGGUGGGCCAAAACAGGUUUCUUCUUUGGGAACCUGCUGGAAAGAUUCUUGUCGUGAACAAUUGCGUUCCCUAUUUUUGGGAAGGAGGCACAUCAUUAUAUAUAUAAGAAUAAAUCUGAUGUGUACUGUCCUUUGCCACUUUC